ACUUUUUUUUAGAGGAUAAAAGGUUUACUCCCCUUGUGUGCAUCAAAUCACAGUGAUCUAGAUUAGAUGCAUGGUUUUGACUUUAGCUCUUGACUUUAAUAAACUGUAGUGUGAUGCACAAGCCCACUCCUCUUUUUAGACAUAUGCAGAGUGCCUCUUGCACAUGGUGAUUCAUAAAAGCAUUGCUGGGUGUAUAAUUAAAAAGAAUCUAUGUGCUCUUUUCCACUCUUCAAUACGGUAUCAUCAUCAUAAUUAAAUGUCAUGUAUGAUAUAUAUUUUUGUAUUAUUAUCUGUUCGUAUAUUGAUUUGCUAGCAUUGUGUGGAUUGUGCACCAAUUUGCAGUAAUGAGCUGUAAAUUUUUUUUUUUUUUUUUAAAUAGUACAUGGUCUGCACUUAUGACCUUUUAACCAUAGCGGUUCUACAAAAUGCUUUAGACUGUUUCUCAUUCACCCACGCACACACACACCAUGCAAUGUGCCACUUUGCCAUCGGGAGCAACUUGGGGUUCAGUGUAUUGCCCAAGGACACUUCGGCAUGUGAGCUGGGAAUAAAACCACCAAUCCUACGAUUACUACUCACUCUACCACCUGAGCCACAGCCGACCUUUCAUUUCUACUAAAAACACUACAGGAAUUAUUUCCCAGAGAGUCAGUCACUAGAAUGUGGGGUCUUUAAAAUGUGGUCACUGGCCAUUUUAUUAUAUUUUUUAACUAGCAUGUUCGUUCACUUUAAUUACUACUCUAUAUUCAUAAGCAGUGUAUAAAUGUGUGAUUUUAGCUUCUUUGUUUGACCUGAGGAAAGUUUAAUAUAUGUCAAACAACCAACUGCCUUUGAAUUUCUAAGGUUGGGCAAACCUAUAAAGGAAUACUAGGGAAGACUGCCACCUACAGGUAUACAGGUAAACCACAAGUUUUAUUUCUAGAAGAUUAAACAGUUAACGAACAAUUCAAAUGUAUAUGCAAAUUGAUUCUUAAUAAUGGAUAUUUCUCAGCUAGAGCACCAUAUAGCCUCUCAUAUUAGUUGUAACUAUCACUACAGCAUAGCAAAGGCUGGAACUCGAUAUGUCUGUGCUCAUCUCGCUGUCCUGAACGCCAACCAUCGCUCUUCUGAUCGAGUCUGAAUCAAAAUGGCCGCCUGCUGAGAGAGUAAUGCGGCUGUUGUGAACUCUUGAACAUGCCGAAAUGUCCCUUUUAAGACUGUGUGCUUUUCCGAAAUACUUGAGCGGUAGAUUCAUGUUUGAAAGAAGUGCUCGAUUUACAUUAAAUAGCAACCACUGUCAAAACUGCCUCAGACUCCGGAAUAACAGCGAGAGAGGAACGAGAGCUAACCCAUGGACAACACUACACCAAAGGCACUACUCCGCUAUUCCAAAGAGGGAAGAUGGGAAAAGACGAGUGUGGGAACAGUCUCAUUUGUUGGACGUUCUCGAGGCUCGGAUGCAGCAGUUGCAGUCUGACGUUUUACAUGUAAAACAUUUGAAGGUUGAAUUUGUCAAAGUGCCAAAGGGAGAAAAAAGAGACGCUCCAGUGAAGAGUCAAAAGACAGAUGCAGAAACUAGUAAAGCUGUUCAGUCCACUAAAAAAGGUACCAGUUCAGAUAACCCGCCCUCCAAAGCACACGCGAGCCGCUGGAUUGAGAAACUCAAGCUUGAGAAGUCAAACAAAACUAAAAAGCAGUCAUCUCUGCAGCAGAAACUCCGCGACAAAACAGGAGCAGCACCAAAAAGCAGUAAAGGAAAUCUGAUGGCUCCUGGAACGUCCAUGAAAACAAUCUCUAUUGCCAAAAGGUGCAAACAACCUGAACCUGAGUCCACAACGGCUCCAACACCUCAGUCCAAACACUUACAACCAAAGGUGUCUAAACACUGUAAAAGUGCAACCACAAUGAAAGCGGAUCCUGAAAAACUUUCCAGAACUGCAGAGCUGGCUGAAGUCGAAGAGCUCGAAGAAAUGAUUGGUGAGUGGAGUCCGACCAACGCCGAGAAACUCCUAGAAGAUAAAGAUGGGAACCGUUAUGGUGAUGCGCAGCUAAACUUGCGCUGCCACCUGGAGGUGUGUGUUUUUACGGGGGAUGUGGAGCGAGCACAGCGCUCCCUGUUCUUUCACCACCGGCACCUAAGCAAACGCAAAGCGCUCUCCAUCAGCGCUUACAACAUCAUGAUGAGGUUGUGGGCCAAGAAAGGAUCUGUGAAUCACAUUGGUCGCUUAUUCACUAUGGUGGAAGAGGCAGGCCUGAAGCCCAACUUGGCGUCAUACUCUGCUGCGCUGGAGUGCAUGGGCCGCAAUCCCGACACCUCUUCACGCACCAUUAACAGAUGUCUGCAGCAGAUGGCUGAAAGUGGCCUGCAUUUGGACGACAUGUUCAGACAGUGUGUAUUCAGACAGGAUGAGCGAGACAUGGUGCUGAAGGCCAUCCGGACCGUACAAUUCGACUACGAGCCACACACCCCUUCUGAACAGCCACGCUGCUCAUUACCACUGGUGGAGAACUUCUAUACUGAGAGGGAAGAAACCAGCUAUCCUAAGCUAGACUUUAGCGUUGCUGAGCUGCAGGAGCGCUUCAGGCGUCAGCUGGCUAUGGAACAGGCCAACACCAUCACCAUCGACUCUGUGGAGGCCAUUAAACCUGUCACGGAACACAUGGCCAGGAUGAGGAAGCUGUUAGCUGAGCAGCGCUCUCAAUGGCAGAAAGCUCUGCUAAAGGCUCUGCGAGAGAGCCGGAUGGUUUUAGGCAGCAGCAACCAGAGGAACGGGAAGAUCAACAUCUACCCGUUUCUGCGCAUCCUCCGUGAUGAGGAUUAUGUCAACAUCAUGCUGCAGGGAUUGGCCAACCUGCCACCCAGCGGAGAGUCUCUGCUAUUCCUGGCUAAGGAACUGGGCAACAGAGUCCACAAUGUGUACUGCAUACAACAGAAGAGUCACAGCCAGAUAGUGGCGAAACUGGGCAACAUCUACAACUCGUACGUCAAACUGCUCGGAAAAGACACAGAGCCCAGCAUUGUGUUGCCACGGGAACAGUGGAGCACUUUGGAGGCAGAGCAUACCGCUGGCCCCUCCCUCCUGAGUGAUGACACGCCCUGGCCACACAUGCUGGUCAUUCAGCUGGGCAGCUUCCUGGUGGAUCUGCUGGUGCGUGAGCUCAAAAUUCCGAACAACAUCUUGAACCCUGCCCAGGAGAACAAGCUCAUCCCUGUGCUCUAUCACAUGUACACGUUCCGCAGCAAUCGACAGAUUGGUUUUAUCAAGCCGCACCCAAUCCUGACCCAAAUACAGUCAGAAGCCAUGGAGACCAAGCUGACCUUUGACUCGUAUGUGAUGCCCAUGCUGUGCCCACCAGUGCCCUGGACAUCAGCCAAAAGUGGGGCUUACUUGCUGACGCCCACCAAGCUGAUGCGUUCAGUGGAGGGUGCCAUCCAGCACCAACUGCUGCUGGAGAAGUGCCAGGAUGAGGAGCUGCAUGCUGUGCUGGACUCCCUCAGCCAGCUGGGCAACUGUGCAUGGAGGAUCAACAAACCUCUGUUGGACAUCAUCAUCUCCAUCUUUAACGAUAAGGGCAGUGAGAAGCUGGACGUGCCUCCACCCAUUUCUGAGGCGCCGGAAAUCCCACGCUUCAACCCUCAUGACCCGGCAUACACGCCUGCCGAGAAGGCCCACCUGAAGCGCGAGGCCACAAGGGCCAAGAAAAAGGUGGCUGAGAUGCACAGUCUGCGCAUGGAUGCGCUCUACAAGCUGUCCAUUGCCAACCACAUGAGGGAUGAGAUCUUCUGGUUCCCUCACAACAUGGAUUUCCGAGGGCGUACUUACCCGUGCCCACCCUACUUUAACCAUCUGGGAAGUGAUGUAACCAGAGCCAUCUUGCUGUUUGCUGAGGGGAAGCCGUUGGGUCCUAAAGGCCUAGACUGGUUAAAGAUCCACCUGGUGAACCUCACGGGUCUGAAGAAGCGGAGUUCGCUGGCUGGGAGACUGGAAUACGCCAACACCAUCAUGGAUGACAUCCUGGACUCUGCAGACAACCCGUCAACGGGGAGGAAGUGGUGGAUGAAUGCUGAUGAGCCUUGGCAGACUCUGGCAUGCUGCAUGGAAAUAGCAAAUGCCUCCAGAUCAUGUGACCCCACACAGUUCAUCUCCCAUUUUCCUAUACAUCAGGAUGGCUCCUGUAAUGGCCUCCAGCACUAUGCUGCACUGGGUCGUGAUGUGAUUGGUGCAACAUCGGUAAACUUACUACCCUGUGAAGAACCGCAGGAUGUGUACGGUGGUGUGGCUCAGCAGGUGGAGGAGUUCCGGGCCCGAGACGCUGCAAAGGGCAUGAAGAUUGCACAGGUGCUGGAGGGCUUCAUCAGCAGGAAGGUGGUGAAGCAAACGGUGAUGACGGUGGUCUAUGGGGUCACGCGCUAUGGUGGCCGACUGCAGAUUGAAAAGCGCCUCAAGGAGAUCGAUGACUUCCCCAAGGAGUAUAUUUGGGAUGCUUCACACUACCUAGUGCAUCAGGUCUUCAGCAGCUUGAAGGAAAUGUUCACCGGGACAAGAGAGAUCCAGGACUGGCUGACUGAAAGUGCUAGGCUAAUCGCGAAGUCCGGCAGCACGGUGGAGUGGGUGACCCCUCUUGGACUGCCCAUCGUCCAGCCCUACCACCGCACCAGGAACCACGUGCUCAAGAGCAACAUUCAGUUUCUGAGUCUCCAGAUAAGCCAUGAUGUCUAUGAGAGGCCGGACACAGUAAAGCAAAAGAAUGCAUUUCCCCCAAACUUUAUCCACUCUCUGGACUCCACACAUAUGAUGCUGACUGCACUCAACUGUUACAGUGCUGGUUUGACGUUCGUAUCGGUGCAUGACUGCUACUGGACCCACGCUCUUACAGUCGACAUCAUGAACAAGGUGUGUCGUGAGCAGUUUGUGGCUCUACACAAUCAGCCCAUUCUUCAGGACCUCUCCAAGUUCCUGCUGCAAAAAUACUGCUCAGCACCACCAGGCAACACCAAGACCAAGAAGUUUCUGGAAUACUGGAAGAUGUCACAGCUGCUGGGGAAGGUUCCAGAAACAGGUGAUUUUGAUCUGCAGAGGGUGAAAGAAUCCACAUAUUUCUUCAGUUGAUGUAGAUGAAGAACCUUCACAGGUUGAACCGGAGAGGAAAUGCUGCUUUGCUCCCUGGUGCGUCCCCAUGCUGGGCACAGAGACUAACAAUCUGAAUCAACUACUGCUACUGCUAUGCUCUCACGGCAUCUACACACGCUGUGACAAUUUCAACAAAUGGGACAGAUAGUGUGGGAUUGAUGGAGUGCCAGAGGAUAGUUGAGGUGUCUAGGUGUUCGAGUGCAGGUACUUAAUGUGUGUUUUCUAUUCAUAAAGACAACACAGCCAUGUGGUAAAGUCCUCAUAAAGAGCCUGGAUGGAGAUGCUUUUCUGGUCUCUGUAGGGCUGAUCACUUUCCUCCACUCCGCUAGGCUGAUUAAAUACGCAGCCCAGGGUCUCAUCGAUAUCAGAGCUCACACAGUAAACAAGCCACUCUGCCAUUUCUACACUGUUCUCAUUUACCAGCUAGUCUGCUGCUGUUCGACUCAGAGCCUGGAAGAACAAGAAGGGAGAAAGGCUGUCCCCUAUUAUAGAAUGCUGUGAACACAGCCCAGGAGUUAAUAGGCAUCUAAUGAAUUUUUAUAAAACUCUUGUGUAAAAGAUAUAAUGUACUGAUCAGUGUCUAAUAAAAAAGGUAUUUUUAUGCUGCUGAGAUGUUCUUAAGUUUUGAUAAUAUCCAUGAGGCACUGUUCAUUUUUCCAUAUAUAUUUGUAUAGAUGUAACAACCUUUUGUAGGAGCUCUGCAUUUUAACCGUUCAGUAAAAACUCAUUGUUAUAUUCUGGAAUGAUUGACUGUUGCGUAGGUGUUACGAACUUGCUAAAAUUAACUGACAUACUGGAAGCCCCUCCCCCUUCCCUACCUCACAUUAGUCAUGUUCUUGCUUCAAAGACGCGGCCUUGCUUUCCAAGGUAAGUCGAGAAUGUUUUCAGUUCAUUAAUUAUGAAAUAAGAUUUAUCAAUGUACAGUGCCCUCCACUAAU